ACACAUACACACACACACACACACACAGAUCUGUGAGCAGCCGGUCACUUGACGUCCACGUUGCUCUGCUGCACUGAAGCACAUGGAGGUGAGAAAGCCAGCGUCCAGAAAACGUGUCCGCUGUGAGAGCACAGGGUAACCCAGAUGAAUCGGCUGACAGAGGAAGUCCAAUCCUCAGACUUUAGCCUUAUCGAACAGGCCCCUGCACACACACACACACACACACACACAUGCUAUCCUUUGCUGAUUAGAUACCUGUACUUCUUUGUGACAAAGACAGACACACACUGAAAUGGCUCAGCUGCAAAGACAACUUUCCCAGAAUCCCCUGGAGAAGAUCUGGGUACCAUGGAUGAACAGUAAGCUGAGCCGAAGACGCGGGUCAUCUGUGCCGCAGUUCACAAACUCACCCACUAUGAUCGUGAUGGUCGGUCUGCCUGCCAGAGGAAAAACCUACAUCUCCAAAAAGCUAACACGCUACCUCAACUGGAUCGGCGUUCCCACGAAAGUGUUCAACGUUGGACAGUACCGCAGAGAAGCUGUUCAAUCCUACAAGAGCUAUGAGUUUUUCCGUCCCGACAACGAAGAGGCCAUGAAGAUUCGCAAAGCUUGUGCACUUGCUGCAUUAAAAGACGUAGCUGCCUACUUCAGUGAGGAGCAUGGCCAAGUGGCGGUGUUUGAUGCCACAAACACAACGCGUGAGAGGAGGGAGGUCAUUCUGUCGUUCGCCAGAGAGAACGGCUACAAGGUGUUUUUCGUGGAGUCUGUGUGUGACGAUCCUGAGAUCAUUGCUGAAAAUAUCAAGCAAGUGAAGCUCAGCGGCCCUGACUACAUCGGCUGUGAUAAAGAGGAAGCUGUGGCAGAUUUUCUAAAGAGAAUCGAGUGCUAUAAGAUCACCUACGUCCCUCUGGAUGAUGAAAAAGACAGAAACCUGUCCUAUAUAAAGAUCUUUAACGUAGGCAGCAGGUAUUUGGUGAAUCGUGUUCAGGAUCACAUCCAGAGCCGGAUCGUUUAUUACCUGAUGAAUAUUCACGUCACACCACGCACCAUCUACCUGUGCAGGCACGGAGAGAGCGAGCUCAACCUGCUCGGCCGCAUCGGCGGGGAUUCGGGUCUCUCACUGCGUGGAAAUAAGUUUGCGGCGGCUCUGGGUAACUACAUCAGGAGUCAGUGUAUCCUGGACUUGAAGAUCUGGACGAGUCACAUGAAGAGGACGAUCCAGACUGCUGAGGGAAUCGGGGUGCCGUACGAACAGUGGAAGGCUCUCAAUGAGAUCGAUGCAGGUGUGUGUGAGGAGAUGACAUAUGAAGAGAUUCAGGAGCACUUUCCUGAAGAGUUUGCACUGAGAGACCAAGACAAAUAUCGCUACCGUUACCCAAAGGGCGAGUCGUAUGAGGAUUUGGUUCACAGACUGGAGCCCGUGAUCAUGGAGCUGGAGCGUCAGGAGAACGUUCUGGUCGUCUGUCACCAGGCCGUCAUGCGUUGUCUGCUCGCUUAUUUCCUGGACAAAAGUGCAGAUGAGCUGCCGUAUUUAAAAUGUCCUCUUCAUACAGUACUGAAGCUCACGCCUGUGGCUUACGGCUGUAAAGUCGAGUCAGUUUUCCUGAACGUCGAGGCAGUGAACACACACCGAGACAGGCCUGCGAGUGAUGAAGCUGAGCGCAGUCACACUCCAGCGUAUCGACACACUCGUGUUCAGCCCAUGGCCAGUCCCAUUCCGACUAAAGCCCCACACCUACCAGAGCUUGACCUCGCCGAGCUUAGUUUACAGAACGUCAGCGUGGAUCGAGAUGAUGAAGACGCUCUCCUGACAGUUCCUGAUCACAUCUAAAGGCCAAGAAGAAAAGACAGAGUCAAGUAUUAUUAAAGCAGUUGGGAUUAAUUACAGUGAUUCAGGUGUAAUCAGUUAAUUAUGGCAGCUUCUGUGGGCUUCAUCACAGUGAAAUGCCUUUUCCUCAGUGUUAAAGAGGACUGCAGUACAAGGUCAGGAAACAGAGGUUGGUCUGAUCUUGAGUAGUAUUUACAGGGUAAGAUACUGGAACUGAUUUUCUAGGAUGUAGUUCCUAGUUGCAGGGAUGGAGAAGUGAUGUUAAAGCCGCGAGCUAACAUUCAUGUUAGAGUUUUAUUUAUAUAGUCACAGAUGAGCCUGAGUGCAGAGUCAAAACCUCAAUAAUAAUAAUAAUAAUAAUAAUAAUAAUAAUAAUAAUACAUUUACAAACCCCAAGCUUGCUCCAUUUGCUAAAGGUAAUUGGUUAAUUCACACUGAUAUUUAAUUCUAAAUUAAUUACACUAAUUAAUAAUUCAUUCCCGAAUACUAGUUAAAGAAAUCGUGCAGGUUUGCUGGUCAUGGGAAUCCGAGGAAAACAGGAUAUUUCUGAACAUUUCCCAUUUCAAAGGUGUUAAGGGUGAUAUUUAUAUAUAUAUUUAUUUACCCCAAAACACAAAGUUCUUUUCUAUCUUCUAUUUUUAUAUACUGGCUCAUAGGGGUGGGUGAUUUGACAAAAAUAUCAUAUCACAAUACUCGAUAUGCUCAGUAUGAUACACAAUAUGCAUCACGAUAGUUUGCUCAGAAACUGCCGGGAAAACAGCAGUGUUGUGUGUAUAAAAAAAAAAAAAAAAAAAGAAAGAAAAACUUGCUUUGAUGAUACUUUUAUUUAAUGUUUACAAAAAUAAAUUAUAAAAAAUUAAUAAAUUAAUUAAAUUAAUUCAAAUAAUUCAAACAAUAUUAAAGCUAUUCUUAUAAUAUAUGACAGAAAACUAUUUAUAAAAAUGAUCAUAAUAAUUAUAAUAAAUUCAAUUUUAAAAUUAAGCACAACAUUUUCACAUCAAAUCUGCUGGUUCCAAAUCAGAAUUGAUCUUCUGAUCAUUUUUUAAAAAAUAGCAAUUAUAUCAAGACAUAUGUGUAUUGUGUCAUAAUUUAUCACCAACUCUGACUACAGCCAUAUAUUGAUAUAUUAUAAAAUAUAAUCUAUUGUAUUAUAUUGUCAUAUUACUCAAUCCUAGUGGCUCAAAAUUACAGAAUUAUUUUUAUUACAUGAAUUUGUCAGUCUAUUAAAUUUGUGACACUCUCUGAAAUGACCAGCAGAGGGAGCUAAAGCACCGUGAUAAAGAAAACUGAGCUGAACUGAAUGGAGUUUAAUAAACUAUGAAUAAAUUGACUAAACUUCAUGGGUGCACUAGGUCUAGGCACACACACACACACACACAAACACACAUGAACACACACACACACACAAACACACACACACACACUACAUGUAUAUGUACUAUAUAUUAGACCUUUGUUAGACGACAUGACUGAUGUCUCAGCAAAUUAAUGCCUUUUCUGAGAAUGUGAAGUGUGUAGAAAAAUAUGUCAGGAAAAUGUGUUUAUUGAAACCAAACACUGAACAUGAACUGAACAUUACUCACCAUUUUAUACCUCCUGUUUGUGUGUGUCAUCGUCUGUAACUCUGUACAAUCCCAGUGCCAUAUACGGUAAAUUACGUUUCUUGGUGAAGUAACGAGCUAAAUCACUCAAAAACAGUUCAAGUCCAAAAUCUCCACGUCCACCAUUAUGCACGUUUUCUGGCGAAAACAACCACACGACACUCGCUACUUCAUCAGUCCACAUGCUACUUCAUCUAUAUGCUGCUAGGUAGAUAUAUGUUCUUUAUUUCCCUUGAGUGAUUUGCACCAUUACUGGUUUACGCUGCUGUUAUUAUUUUAUGUAAUUUAUUGUUUGCACACUGAUCUGUCACAUAGUUUGCACAAAAUAUAGUCAGAUCUUCUGUACUGCUUUCUGUGUUGCACCUAUGGCCCUGGGGUCCCUAUUAGCUAAAACAUAUUUAGCUAAAAACGCUUUGAUUAAACAUUCAUGGCUAAAACAUUUUGAUGAAAUGGCAAAAAAAAAAAAAAAUUACUCAGGCAAAAUGUAUUUCAGUAAAAAUAAACUUAUACUGUAGCUAGAACAAACUGAGGUAAAAUCCAGGUAGAACAUACUUAACUGAAAAUUAACUAGCCAAGACCAUAAAUUAUGAAAACUAAAAUUAUGUAGCUAGAAUCAUACUUUAUUAACACAUAUACGGGGAAAAUAUACUCAGGUAAAAUACACUUCGGUAAAAGUUUACUUAUAGUUAAAAUAUACUAAGGUAAAAAAAAUAGCUGAAAACAUACUAGCUAAAAACCUGCUUAGCUUAAACAAUAAAACAUACGUAGCAAAGUAGCUAAAA